CAGAGCUGAUGCACCAGAGUCACAUGGAGUUGGAACAAGAAAGGUAAUCCAGAUCUUGCAUACGUAGCUCAGAAUUUUCUCAGUAAAUUACCCAUCAAAUGUUGCUCUGUAGAUGUUUUACAGAUGACAGGUACUAGGUGUCUGAAGAGAUGAAAACAUCGUGGAGGAAGUAAGAGAGAACUGAAACAAGCACUUAGGCAGGACUGUCAAGGACACACUACAAAGGUACAGUGACUGCUCUGUUUCUGUACCAAGAUAUUCAGACCAUGAUCCUUUCAUGAUUAAUGGGAAUCAUUCCUUAUUCUCGUAGAUAAUUCAGGCCCCAGGAAGGUGUCACUUGCUGAAUGAAUCUCCUCACGCCUCCCAACAAUGUGACUGAAUUUGUUCUCUUGGGACUCACGCAGAAUCCACACUUGCAGAAAAUACUCUUCAUUGUGUUUUUGUUCAUCUUCCUAUUUACUGUGUUGGCCAAUUUGCUCAUGGUCAUCACCAUCUCCCUCAGCCCUGCACUUUCAGCUCCCAUGUACUUCUUUCUUACUUACUUGUCCUUCAUAGAUGCCAUAUAUUCAUCUGUCACCACUCCUAAAGUGAUCAUUGACCUGCUGUAUGAGAGGGGAACCAUCUCCUGGGGUGGCUGCAUGACUCAGAUCUUUGUUGAACACCUCCUGGGAGGAUCAGAGAUCAUCAUCCUGGUUGUCAUGGCCUAUGAUCGCUAUGUGGCCAUCUGCAAGCCUCUGCACUACAUGACCAUCAUGCGACAGGGGCUCUGCCAGCUCCUGGUGGUGGUGGCCUGGCUUGGGGGGAUCCUACAUGCCACCGUGCAGAUUCUAUUCAUGGUCAACUUGCCCUUCUGUGGUCCCAAUGUCAUAGAUCACUUCAUGUGUGAUUUCUUCUCAUUGUUGAAGCUUGCCUGUAGCGACACCUACAGGCUUGGAGUGGUGGUAGCAGUGAACAGUUUCAUUCUGGUAUAA